AUAUAUCCAUUCCAAAUAUGCAAAUUUUUUUAUCACAUCAAACAACCUGCAUCUUUGAAACUUUCCACAAAAAUAUUUACAACCAAAAAAUUCGUCUUUAUGAUUCCGCGCCUCAGGGAAGCUUCCUUACACUUUCAUUUUAUUUGAUUAAUAAGAGUGAAAAGCUGAUCUGACAGCCCAAGGGCUCCAUUGUCAUGGAUUAUCUAACCGUUGUAGUUCUUGGAGUCCAUUGGGUAUUUUUAAACGCCUCACUUGCUCAACAAAUUACUUCACAACGUGGGGUUUUUCUGACCGAACGUAAGCCCUAGUCUAUUGCUAUAUGUUUAUUGUUCCUUGGUCGUCACUUUGUUUCCCGAAGCGCUUGUCGUAUCAACACGUAUUUUGCCCCAGUGUAUGUUUUAUUGUAUCAUUAUAUAACGUGGUUGUAUUAUAUCGUUGUUCUCCCUUCUAGAAUAUUUCCUGACCCCGAGUAUUUUUAGCCGAGCUGGCUUCCACAAAACUGAACAAUCUGUUUUUACUUUUUAACAUGCCAAUAAAGCUUAACUUUGAUUCGAAUCUUUAGAAAUUUUCUUGUUAAUGAAAGUAAAUACAAUAUUUUCUCUCGACCAAUCAAAGCACUGUAAUAUCCAUCCGUUUCUGGUUGUCGCCUAAUUUGUUUUCAGACCAAUCAGAAUAGAUGAUCUUUUCUUUAUUUUGGGGGCGUUAUAAGAAUAUUAUGCAUUUUACUUUUCUUACUAAACGUCUCGUGAUCAGAUAUACAAUAUGUGAUUUUACACCGUUGCGUAUCGAGUUCGAGGUUCCCGCUAUAUCAACAAAUUACAAGGAGCGAAGCAAGUCGCGAUGAAUGGUAAGAUGUGUUAAAGAUUACCGCGAAUAUAGAAAUGAGACGAACCACAAAGUCUUCCUAAGACCAUGAAAGUUUGUUUCUUCCAAGUACAGCUAAUAAGGGCAUUAUGUGUGGUGGUGACGUUCCUGCCGUUGGUUACUGGAAAAGAAAUCAAAGUGGGUAUUUUGUUGCCAAUGACAGGCCGCUGGCCAAUAGGAACGCGGAUAGCAGCAGCCGCCCCAUUGAGCAUACAAGACAUAAACAAUGACAUCACACUGUUGCCAGCUUUCAACCUGACGUACUCUAUCCACGACAGCGCAUGCGUCGCAGAAAAAGGACUUCGCGGAAUGGUUGCGUUUGAAGGACUGGACUUCAUUAUCGGACCCGGAUGUUCAUUGACUGCUCAGCCUGUGGCGACCUUAGCGAAGAUCUGGAAUAAACCGAUCAUUACGUAUGCGGCCUCGUCUGCAGCGUUUAUUGAUAAGACGGUUUUCUCGACGUUUGCGACGGUUACAGCGUACGGGCGGCGAAAUCAGCAGUACACGCCGGCGUUUGUCGCGCGGUUAAUGAGCGCUUUUAAUUGGACAGUUUGUGGAAUUUUGACAUCGACGGAGGUGGAAUGGAAGGCGAUGGCUCAGAAAAUCCGCGCGCUUAUCAGUCCGCUAGUGAAUGUUACGGUGUACGAAGAACACGACCCGCAAACAACGAGGUUUGACGAGAUUCUACGAAGAGGAAGAGAAAAUGCAAGAGUCUUCCUUCUUCUCUGCUACGUCAAUCAGGUCACGGACAUCAUGCGCGCGGCCAAGAACCUGGGUAUGACAAAUGGUGACCACGCCUUUGUUACUAUUGAUCUCAACACGGACGUCUUCUACUCAAACGGACGGUGGACUGGGAACGAUGGACCUGGGUCCCAAUUCUCUCAGGACCUGAACGGUAUCGUGGACCUGAGCGUGGAUAGACCCCUCCUGUCUGAGGACUUCAAGGCUAGGUACAGAGCGAUGGGAAGUGCCCUCGUACCGGAAGUGAGACAGUAUUUGAAUGCUAAGCCGUCGUGGUACGCAGCGUUCUUGUAUGACGCCAUAUGGCUCGCUGCACUGGCCCUGAAUGACACUAUUGCAGACGGAUAUGACGUCACGAAUACCUCAGCCACCGUACAGCGCAUGUUCAAUAGACAGUUCCAAGGUGAAUCCGGGAAAGUCCGUAUGAUAAAUGGCACCAGAGUGCCUCUGUUUGCAGUUGGAAAUAUCGUGAAUGGAUCAUAUAAGCUAAUCAUGAAUGACAGCUUGUCUCAGAAAACUGUGGAUGGGCUUAACGGCAUUGAGUGGCCCGGACAAGGUCGGACAGUCCCCCUGAGUGUACCGCCUUGCGGAUUCGAUGGCUCGUUCUGUAUCAACAAAACUCCGGAUGGGAAAAGCAGCGAUGAAACCCAGUUGAUUAUUUUCGCGGUCCUCGGAGCUUGCAUUUGUCUCGUUGUGCUGGUGGGAGUUGCUGUGUUCCUGAGGAGGCGACAAGACCAAGAGUGCACCUAUAUGCAAUGGGUAAUACCAUAUAAGGCCAUAGCGCCAAGCCAAGAACAUGAACCGGAAGAGAUCAAUCGGAGUCGAGUGAGCCAGCUUGAUGAUACUUCAUUGUUCUCUCGCAAAAGUACUGCACAGGGCAGAUUCAGGAUCGGAGUUUAUAAGGGAAAGAAAGUAUUCAUCAAGAGAUCAUCGAACGAUGCGAUUAACGUGACUUGCCAGUGCAAGAAUGACAUAAGAGUGGCGUGUGAGCUGAGACAUGUUAAUGUCAACCCAUGCGUAGGUGUGUGUGUAGAGCCACUCACCGUCUGUAUCGUCAACGAAUUCUGCGCCAAGGGAAGCUUGCAGGAUAUUCUUUUGGAUGAUAACCUGAAACUGGAUUGGACAUUCAAGAUGUCUUUCGCCAUGGAUAUUGCACGGGGUAUGGAAGAAAUCCACAAGAGCGCCAUUGGCCCUCACGGCCGACUCAAAUCUAAGAACGUCGUUGUUGACAGCUACUGGAUUUGUAAAAUCGCUGAUUAUGGACUCGGGAGCAUAAGGCAAUCCCAGAACGACCUGGGGCAGGAUGGGAAGGCAUAUUCAGAGCUUCUUUGGACCGCGCCUGAACUCUUGCGUGAGUCCCACGGACGCGUAUCUUCGCCUUCUGCAGACUGUUACGCGUAUGGAAUCAUUCUACAGGAGAUUGCCCUAAGAGAAGCCCCUUUCUCUACCUUGCUUCUCAGUCCAAAAGAGGUAGUCUAUCACGUGCGUAAGGGCAUGACCCCUUACUGUCGUCCCCAGGUCCCACCUGACAGCGCUCCGUCAGCCUACCGUGAGCUUAUGGACAUCUGUUGGGAUGAGGUUCCUGAAAGGCGACCAACAUUUAGUGGAGUGCUAAAAAUUCUCAAGAAGAUGAACAAUGGCAAAGUGUCCAACAUUGUCGAUAACAUGGUAUCGAUGAUGGAGAAGUACACAACUGACCUCGAGUCACUCGUCAAGGAGCGAACCCGUCAGCUUGAGACAGAGAAGAGCAAAACAGAUGAGUUGUUGUAUAGGAUGCUGCCAAGGCUUAUAGCGGAUCAGCUAAAGGCCGGCCUUCCCCUGAAGGCAGAGAGCUUCUCGGAAGUUACAGUCUUUUACUGCGACAUCGUGGACUUUACGGUCAUUGCAGCCUUAAGUGAGCCAAUGCAGGUUAUAAAGCUAUUGAAUGACGUCUACAGUUUGUUCGAUACCAUCAUGGGUCGUUAUGACAUCUAUAAGGUUGAGACGGUUAGAGACUCAUGUCUUGUGGUCAGCGGUCUCCCUGAGCGUAAUGGUAAUCGUCAUGCAAGCGAAAUUGCAGCCAUGUCUCUUCAUCUAUUGAACUACGUCACAGACUUUAGAAUUGAGCACUUGCCAGAUACCAGGCUUGAAUUCAGGAUGGCCAUACACACAGGUCCUUGUGUGGCUGGGAUCGUCGGCUUGAAAAAACCGCGCUACGACAUCUUUGGCGAGACGGUGAACAUCGUGAAGCAUCUAGAAUCUGCUGGCAUUCCUCAGAGCAUCCACGUCAGCAGCCCCACGUGCCGCCUUUUAACAACACUUGGAGGCUUCAUGCUCGAGACUAGAGGCGAAAUGCUGAUCAAGGGAAUUGGCAUAACCACCACGUACUUCUUACGAGAGCAAGACAAAGAUUGAAAAACCGAGCUAUCCGUGCUCGUGCCUUGAUAAUCUUUGAAAACUAAAAUGAUAGAAGAAUGCAAAAAAAUAAGGAUACGCAUCACUUGAGUUUAUUGAAAAACACCUUAUACUUACGAAUUAUUAUUACAAAUAAGCACAUUUCAGCCACAAGUCAUUGCAUAUUUCAGACAUUUCGCCCAUUUCGUAUUUUGCGUUUGCACUGUCAACUCAGAUAAAAAUGGGUUUGUGAAAGUCGACGUUAACGUAACCGUUUGGAUCUGCGAUCUGUGUGUAACAAGAUGUAUCGAUAUGAAAUUGCCUUUUUUGUGAAUAAAAACCCUGUUAUUAAA